AUGUGGAGGAGUUCUACCAGCAGUGCGACCCCGGUGAGUUUCCUUACUUCUUCUGAUGUUGAUUUUGGGGGAGAUGGAAUUUGUGGUUUCCAUCUAUUAGCAGACGAGAAGGCCUUGUGCCUCGUUGGACUGCCUGAUGGGACCUGGGAAGUGAGUCAACUACCUGAGGAGGUUCCUGUUCAACUUCCUGAGCCAGUAUGUGGGAUAAACUUUGCUCGUGAUGUUACACCCAAGAAAGUUUGGCUAUCUAUGAUAGCUAUUCAUAGUGAUGCAUGGUUAAUGUCCAUAGCAUUUUACCACGCGGGUCGUGUCUCAUUUGACAGAGCUGGCAGGGAACAGCUCUUCAGGUUGAUCAAUCGUCUUCCCACUGUCUAUGAAGCUGUGACAGGAAGCUAUGAGAGGCAAGCACAGACCCCCAACGGCAGCAGGAAAAAUAAGUCCAGCUCCCAGCCACCAAACCAAUUCACUUCUAACUGCAAGCCGGUGACACCGGCCCUGCCGAUGCCCAAGGAAGAUUACUACGCCAAUUUCAACAGCUGGAAGGUAAUGGAGGACCGGCCAAUGCUCAAGGAGGAGGAUGGUGGCAAAGAGGGUGGGGGCGGCGAGGAUCAAGCUAUAACCAAGUGUGCCGGUUGCGACGAGAUCUACAGCGCUAACGACGGGCACCUAUGGAUUGGCUGCGACCACUGUCAGAGGUGGUUCCACGGCAAGUGUGUUGGCGUGACUACUGAGAUGGCGAACGGAAUCGAGGACUACAUGUGCCCUGGUUGCAGCUACAAAGCCACGACGAAAGCUUCUGACUCGAUAUAG